GCAAUUUUAUUUUGGAUUUCCUCGCUCAAAACCCUAUUUCUCCCUCUCCUGCAUAAAACCCCUAAAAACCACCGACUUCCUCCUAGGGUUUCUCUCAGAGAAAAGGAAAAUGGCUACUCACCUCUUCACUCGCUCUCUACUCUGCAGGUCGACCUCCGCCAACAAAGCCCUAAUCCUUUCUCUUCUAUCUCGCUCCUUCUCUUCCCUUCCGACACCUUCUCCUGCCUCUCGCUCUUUCUCUCUCCUCCGUUGUCUCCGCCCCCUCUCCGCUGCUGCCAGCUUUUCCUCCUCUAAUCUUUGUCAUGCUCUCACGACUCGGUCCUUCGCGACCCGGACUACGACGUCCUCGAUUAAUGAUCCGAGUCCUAACUGGUCUAAUAGACCUCCCAAAGAGACCAUCUUGUUGGAUGGAUGCGAUUUUGAACAUUGGCUUGUGGUUUUGGAGAAACCAGAUGACAACCUUACUAGGGAUGAAAUCAUUGAUAGUUAUAUCAAAACACUAGCUAUGGUUGUGGGCAGUGAGGAAGAAGCAAGGAAGAAGAUCUACUCGGUUUCAACUAGAUGCUACUUUGCUUUUGGAGCUCUUGUGUCUGAAGAGCUUUCUUAUAAGAUUAAAGAAUUGCCCAGGGUUCGUUGGGUUCUUCCAGAUUCAUACUUGGAUGUUAAGAACAAAGAUUAUGGAGGGGAGCCAUUUAUUGAUGGCAAAGCUGUUCCUUAUGAUCCAAAGUACCAUGAAGAAUGGAUAAGGAAUAAUGCAAGGGCAAAUGAGAGAAAUAGGCGCAACGAUAGGCCUCGUAAUUUUGACAGGUCAAGAAACUUUGAGAGGAGGAGGGAAAACAUGCAGAACCGAGAUUUCCAGAACACAAGGGCAGCUCCAAUGGAUAAUCAGGGCAUGCAGAACCCUGCAUCCAACAUGGCUGGAAUGCCACAGAACAGUGCGAGUGGACCAGGAGGUCCACCCCCACCACCGCAUAACAACUACAUGGGCGGGUCACCCCCACCGCCACAAAACAACUACAUGGGCGGGUCACCCCCACCGCCUCAAAACAACUACAUGGGCAGGCCACCUCCACCCCCACCAAACAAUUACAUGGGUGGGCCACCACCACCACCGCCACCAAGCAACUACAUGGGUGGACCACCACCACCGCCCCCAAACAACUACAUGGGUGGGCCGCCACCACCACCACCUCUUAACAACUAUAUGGGACCGCAGAACACAGGAGGAAUUCCUCAGAACAACUAUGGAAACUCCUCACCCAACAAUGUGGGAGGAAUGCCGCAAAGUCCGGGAUGGUCUAGUAACAUGCAGCAGAACUUCCAGGAUGGCCGCAGUGAUGGAGGCAUGCAUCACCAAGGUACACCAUCAAACUACCAGAAUAACUACUCUCCAAAUAGGGAUGGAAGCUUUCCUGGUGGAAACCCCUACAAUGCUUGAAUGAUCUUUGGAAGACAUUAGGCAUGUGGUGUAGAUAUGCAAUGAGGAAUUAAUUUUUCUUUUCGGAAAUCUUUCAACCUAAUGGUCUUAAUAUAUUCAGUUGUCUUAACGAUGUAGUGAUAAUUAGUUAUCGUUUGCUUUAUCUUGUGUUGGAUGAUGAAUUAAACAUCGUACGAUUUUAAGAAUAGAAUUGAACCUGUUUUCUCCAUUGCAA